CAGAUCUCUGAAGAACCACUUGGGAGAUCCAAAUUAUUUUUCAAUUGUGUUUGUAAAUUUUUUUUCCUCCAUGCAACGUCGCGGAAGGGAAUAUCCCAGUCGGAAAUUUGAUCGAUCCCCCAAAAGUUUCGAAGAAUAAUUAUUUAAUAAUACAAUGGAGGUGUCUGUGAUGAAAUUUGACAUCAAAGAGGUUAAGAUUGACACUCUCCGAGCAAUAACCGAGUGCUCCCAGAGAGGAUUAUUGAACACAACAAAAUGGUUAUCCGAGUUAAACUAUUCCCUCCGAGACAUAAAGCUCGACGGGCACGACAUGACGCAAGACGUCAGCGUGGAGACGAGCCUCGAAGAAGAUCAAUAUAUCCUAGCAAAAAGUUACUUCGACCUGAAGGAGUACGACAGAGCAUCCUACUUCAUAAAAUCCUGCAAAAACCGAAAGACGCGUUUUCUGUACCUCUACUCGCGGUACCUCUCCGGGGAGAAAAAGAAGAUCUACGACAUGACAGAUGUACCCCCAGAUCCCUUGAAAAACGAAGAGCUGAAACUGCUCUCCAGUGAUCUGAGAAAAGAUCACAUAGCAGGGCAACUGGACGGUUUUGGGUUGUACCUCUUCGGUGUUACCCUGAAGAAUUUACGAUUGACCCACGAGGCAGUGGACGUCCUGGUGGAAUCAACCCACAAAUACCCGAUGCACUGGGGGACUUGGCUGGAGCUAGCAGGCCUCAUAAACGACAAGGAGAAGCUCGACAGCCUGUCCCUGCCAGACCACUGGAUGAAGCACUUCUUCAUGGCCCACAUGUUCCUGGAGUUGCAGCUUCUGGACGAGGGCCUUGCCCUGUACUGCGAGCUGCAGUCCAUGGGUUUUGAGAAAAAUGGCUACGUCCUGGCACAGACAGCGAUAGCAGUGCACUACAGGCGAGACGCUGAGAAUGCCAUCGAGACAUUCAAAAAAAUAAUCAAGGACGAUCCCUACUGCCUAGACAAUAUGGACACAUACUCCAACCUUUUGUACGUCAAGGAGAUGAGAGUUGAGCUAGCAGAUCUUGCCCAUCGUGCCACAUCAAUCGACAAGUACAGACUCGAGACCUGUUGCAUCGUCGGUAAUUACUACAGUCUCAGGGCUGAUCACCAGAAAGCUGUUAUGUACUUCCACAGGGCAUUGAAACUCAACCCUCAGUACUUAUCAGCCUGGACACUCCUGGGGCACGAGUUUAUGGAGCUAAAGAAUACGAAUGGAGCGAUUCACAGUUAUCGACAAGCGAUUGAAGUGAACAGGAGAGAUUAUCGUGCCUGGUAUGGUCUCGGUCAGACCUAUGAAAUUCUGAAAAUGCCAUUUUAUGGGCUUUAUUAUUAUAAACAGGCUCAAAGGCUGAGGCCACACGACAGCAGGAUGAUUCUAGCCCUCGGUGAGGCAUAUGAGAAGCAGGAUAAAAUACAGGACGCGUUGAAGUGCUAUUACAAGGCCUGCAAUGUCGGGGAUAUCGAGGGGAUGGCGCUAAUUAGACUUGCCACCCUUUAUGAGAAUUUGAAUGAGGAGGAGCAUGCGGCUGCUGCCUACAGCGACUUUGUGAUGGAUGAGUUUAGGAGCGCUGAUAGAACUGAGUUGAGUCAUGCGUAUAAGUUUCUCACGCAGUAUCAUUUGAAGCGGGAACAGCUGGAUCAAGCUAAUCAUUAUGCUCAAAAGUGUCUGCAAUUUGAUGAGACCAAGGAAGAGGCUAAAGCUCUACUGAGGACUAUUGCUCAGAAGAGAAUUAAAGUGGAAGAGAUGAUUGUUAUAGAGGACAUGAAUGAGACUGAUCCCGUGGGGGAAAGAAGUGCCCAGGUGGAGAACACCCCGGGGAGUCAAUCCUCCCCGAUGAACCUCUCAUUCACCCCAACCCAGUGAAAAUUCCACAUCUCUGCAAUGUAUUUAUAAAGCCUGUUGCUAUCAACUACACAAUUACCCAACGAUUUUUGCCAUAAAACCACUCUGAGGGAAUUACCUGAAUAUUUUCUCUAUUGUCUCUAUUUUCUUUCUUUUCUCUCUCAAAUACCUCAACCGCAUUUUUCAAUUCCAGUGAAAUCUCAGAAUAAUAUUGGAGUACGUCACAUUCUUUGUAGCCAUUCAAAGCACCUUUCACCCUGGAUAAUUAAAAACGAUAAUUUAUUAGGUGAAAUGUUUCGUGAAAGGGGAUUAUCCUCGGGAUAUUUUUUUUCGUGGAAAUUUUUUCAAAGAAAGUAAAGAGAGUGAACGUGCUCGUUCCCUUUAAUGACUUUAUUGCAGCCGAGCGGUCCUGGCGCACCUCGUCCUAGUCAAUGGCCCCACGCAGUCAUAAACACUCGCCCUCUCCCUCAGGUCAUUUCCACCCCUUUUACCUGCAGGUGUAAUGUUAUGAUCAUUUUACAUACACGUGGCAUCCUCGAGAGAUUAUUUUUAAAGAUAUAUCCUAGGAUAAUCGUAAAGCAAUCUGUGCAAAGAAGAAAAAUAGAAGAUCCACGAAAUUAAGGAUUUCAAGGAAGUGAAGGUGAGACGAAGAGGAAACCAAUGCUUCUCUUGCAGAAAACCAAUCGCGGAACAAAAAAAAAUGAAUUUUCAAUAAAGUAAUGCGACAAUCUUAA